AUGCGGUGGCUUGUUGUCGGCAAGUCUAAAAAGCCUAGGGCUUUUAAAAACAUUAACAUAUCAGCUUUUACAGUUUAUUAUCAAGCUCGAAAAUCCGCUUGGAUGGAUUGUAGUUUGUUUCAAACAUGGUUUUUUGACAAAUUUGUACCGGCUAUGGAAAAGUAUUUGAAGUUAAAAAAUCUGCCAAUUCAUGUCGUUUUGUUGUUGAACAAUGCCCCAAGUCACCCAUCUGAAUUUGAACUUCAACAUGGUGAUAUUAAAGCUAUGUUUUUGUCCCCCCAUGUGACUCCAUUGGUACCACCUAUGGACCAGGGUGUUAUCGAUUCUUUCAAAAGAAUCUACAGGAGAAAAUAUGUCAGUGCUCUGUUAGAGAAAACAGAAGGGGGUUGUGAUCUUUUUGAAGCAAUCAAAAGCCUAAACAUUAAAGUUGCAAUUUACUUAGCUGCUCAAGAUUGGGAAGAAGUCAAGAAAAUCACUCUACAAAAAUCAUGGAAGAAGGUUUAUCCCGGCCUAUCCAUGACACCAGAAACUCCAGACAUUCCCGAGUCAGACACGCUAGCUGAUGUGGACGUUACCAGCCUUACAAAUGAAGAUAUUGAUGAUGAGCAGUUCAUUGACCCCAUCCUGCAACAAGCUUCUGCUGAAGAAGAGUCUGCUGAAGAAGAAAAAGAGAAAGGCGAAAAGAUCAGACACUCUGCAGCAAAGGAUGCCUUCGAGAGUGCCCUAAAGUACUUGGAGCAACAAACCACAGCUACAGCCAUGAUGUGUGCAAAGAAGUGA